CCUAAUUAGGGCAAAAAAGAAAAAAUGAAUCCCCUUGAUAAUGCAACCUUCUUUUUCUCUGACCUUGAUUUUCUUGACUCUAUUGAGCACCAUCUUCUGAAUGAUUCCGAUUUUUCCAACAGUUUUUCGCCGAUUAGCUCGAGCAGUGUCGCAACUCCUAAUAGUCCUAGCUCAUGUUUUUGCAGCUGCCUUUUGGAUGAAAACAUUGAAGAAACAACAACUCUCGAAUCUCAAUCCGAGCCCGAGGAGCCAACGCAAGGCUUAAAGGCGGCGCGUGCGGAAAACACGAAGCAAAAUUGGAGGCGGUACAUAGGAGUGAGACGGCGGGCUUGGGGAAAGUUUGCGGCGGAGAUAAGGGACCCGGAGAGAAGAGGCGCGAGAUUGUGGCUAGGAACUUAUGAGACUCCUGAAGAUGCAGCAUUGGCGUAUGAUCAAGCCGCUUUCAAAAUCCGCGGUUCGAGAGCUCGGCUCAAUUUUCCUCACUUAAUUGGCUCAAACAUGCCUGAGCCGGCUAGAGUAAAAGGGAGACGUCAUAAUUCACGCUCACUGGAGCCAUCGUCUUCUUCAUCCACCACAUCAUCGGAAAAUGGAAGAAGGAAAAGAAAUAUAGAGGUCAUAAAUUCUAUAGCCAAAGCCAAAUUGGUUGGUCAUAUACGCGAUCUAGAGAUGUCACUAUAACUAAUGGAAAAGAAGAGUUUUCAGUUCUUUUUUCAAAUGUCGUAACAU